UCUGGCAACAGUUGAGUAUAAUUUUAGUAAUCGUAUAACGUCAAAAUGACCGAAUUGAAAAUAGCAGUAGUCGGUGCCGGCGUAAUCGGAGUAACGACCGCCUGCGAGCUACAAAAACGUUUUAGGAAUGCCAAUAUUAAAAUUGUGGCGAAUGAAUUUUUCGAAGGUACCACCAGUUAUGUUGCCGCCGGGAUUUUUUGUCCUGGAACGAGUUUUAGUGGACCCACAGACGAAAUUACCGAGAAAUGGGUGAAAGACUCUUAUUAUUAUUGGGAAAACGUUAAAGAUUCAAACGAAGCCGGUACGGCAGGCGUCAUUGAAAUCUCUGGAUAUAUGUUCUCCAGCAGUAUUCCAGACAUCGUCAGGAAUUCAUUUAUGGAAAAAGUGUGUCCAUUAUACCGGGCGGCCACUAGAGAAGAACUAAAAAUCUGUCCAGGAAACUGGAAAUAUGGUUCCUAUUUUACUACCCUCGUCACCCAGUCAUCCUUGUACAUCCCAUGGGCAUUCAACAAGUUCAAAAGUAACGGAGGACAAAUCGAACGACGAAAAGUCGAAUCUUUAGAGUCUCUUGCCAAGGAGAACGACGUGGUGGUGAAUUGUACUGGAUUGGGAGCGAAGUUCUUAUGUAAGGAUCGCAAAAUUGUACCUAUAAGAGGGCAAGUGAUUAAGGUUAGAGCUCCCUGGUUAAAAAACUUCUUCUAUGGAGACUAUGACACUUAUAUCAUCCCAGGGGUGGACUCGGUUACUUUGGGGGGAUGUAGACAGUACCAGUCUUGGGACCUAAAAGUGAAUAAAUACGACGAAAUGCAGAUUAAAGAAAAAUGUGAGCGGAUGGUGCCCAGUUUGGCCAGAGCUGAAGUAAUCGGGAGUAAAGUUGGAUUGAGACCGCAUAGAGAAACUGUUAGAGUGGAGAAAGAAAUGAAAAACUUUGACGGAAAAAGAGUGAAAAUAGUACACAACUACGGACAUGGUGGUUAUGGAGUGACUACAGCCCCUGGAACGGCUUUACACGCGUGCGAUCUCGUACAUGAACUAUUAGCCGGAAAUAAUAAAUUAUAGUGUUAUAAAAUAUAUGAA